ACUCACACAGUAAUGUAUCUUCACAUACAGCUUGGGGAGCACAUAGGCAUCGAAGACACUUGCUUCGGAGAUGUCCCUGAUGGCUGCAGCCUCUACUAUGUUUCAAAUGACGAACUUCUUAAUAGCCUUGUCCUUGGACAUGCAUCGGGCGCAGUUCAUGCAGCGAAUAGGCUGCACAGGGCCACGGCCCUUUUUGGCAGGGCCCUUGUUCCUUCUUUUCUUCGUCAUCUCAGAAGCGAGGCCGCGAGACCUCGCAACUUUUAUUAUUAGUUCAUGUUCUGAGAUGAGGAAGAAAAGAAGGAACAAGGGCCAUGCCAAAAAGGGCCGCAGCCAUGUGCAGCCUAUUCGCUGCACAAACUGCGCCCAAUGCGUGCCCAGGGACAAAGCUAUUAAGUUCAUCAUCCGAAACAUAGUAGAGGCCGCAGCUGUCAGGGAUACCUCCGAAGCAAGCGUCUUUGAUGCGUAUGUGUUCCCCAAGCUGUAUGUGAAGCUACAUUACUGUGUGAGUUGUGCCGUUCAUAGCAAGGUAAUCAGGAACCAAUCUCGUGAAGCUCGGAAGGGCUAA